AUGGUGAAUGUUCGCUACUGUCUCACCUUGGCCACAGGGCUGGUGGAGUGCCUGUGUUUUACUGGGGUUGUUUUUGGGUGGCCCUCCCUGGUGUUUAUCCUGAAAGACAUUGGGUACUUCAGUGACCAUUGUGUGAAUGCUACAGGACCCAAUGCCACACAGAACAUAGACUGUAGCAGACAGAAUGAGCUCUUCUCCUUGGAUUUCACCAUCGCUGUCUUCCUUCAGAACUUCAUUAGCCUUUUCAAUGGAUUCUUCUUUGACUACUUUGGUACCUUGGCAUCCAGACUGCUGGGAAUAAUACUGUACACCAGCGGAACCUUGAUGAUUGCUUUUUCACAUCCAGAAGUAUCCAAUAUACUCUUUCCAGCUCUAAUCUGCAUUGCAGUUGGAGGAUUAAUGUUACUCAUCACAAACCUUCAGGUGGGGAGCCUCUUUGACACCCAUCGUUCCACCAUUAUCACCUUGUACAAUGGAGCCUACGAUUCUUCUGCCAUCAUCUUCCUCAUCAUCAAGGUGGCUUCUGAAAGAGGGAUCUCUGUACACAGCUCUUUUUUCUUCUUGUCGGCAUGUAGCAUAAUCCACCUCAUAAGAACCUUCAUCCUCAUGCCUAAGAAGCACAUCCCCUACCCCCUCCCCGAGGGCUACACUUAUGGGAUGGACUCGGGACAGAACAUGUGCAACACCCGAAGAGGCACUAUAGAGCUUGAGCUUGAAGACGAGGGGAGGAAGGAUGUGAUUUCUGAAGGAGCGAGCACACGGCAGGUGGCCCCACAGACAGCCUCUCCAGCUGGCUCGCUCCCUGAAAGCAGUUUUAAGCAGUGUGUGCUCAGCUGGUUUUUUCUGUGGCACCUGGUGUGGCUGUCAGUCAUGAUCCUGCGACACUACCUGUUCAUUGCCACCCUGAACCCCAUGUUGACCCUCCUGACCGAAGGAGACCCAGCCCAAGUGAGCCACUACACCAACGUCUUCGCCUACACCCAGUUAUGUGGGAUACUGUGCGCCAUCUGGAACGGCCUGAUCAUUGACCGAUACAAGGGCACGCGACAGGCAGGAGAGACAGAGGAGGAGAGUAAACUACGCUCUGUGGUGCUCUCCCUCUUCCUCACUGCCCUGCAGUGCCUCUUAUUCUCCAUCUGCGCCACCAUACCUGUGCUCCCGCUGCAGUACCUGACUUUCGUCCUGCAAGUGCUCAACCGCGCCUUCAUAUUUGGAGGGAAUGCAGCCUUCAUCAGCAUUGUCUUCCCAAUCUGUCACUUUGGGAAGCUGCUUGGCCUGUUUUUGGUUCUGUCAACCCUGGUGUUGCUCCUGCAAUUCCCCUGCAUCAUCCUGGUGAAUGAGGUGUUGGAUGGAGACCCCUUAUAUAUAAACAUAGCCCUGUGCAUCCUGUGCCUGGCCACGUUCAUUCACCCGGCCUAUGUCUAUAUCCGCUGGCGCAGAUUGGCCAAUCAGAGAAGACGCUCCACCCAGCCACCUCCCCCUCAUGAGAAUGCCAUCCCCGGAGACAGUGAAGACAAACUUCAGGACUCCCCAGACACCACCACAGAAGACACUUUGGCGCCCCCAAGAAGGGGAUCUGCUGUUUUCUGA